CGGUGUCAGGUAACCAGCGGUUGAUUGGGAGAAAGGGCAGGCGCAAGGGUUUAGAGGAGGCCUGGAGCUGAGGCUUCAGGGGCUUGGGUUCGGGGGUUAGAGCACCGAAUAUAUGGAAGACCCCCAGGCUGACUUCUCAGUCUCAUUCCUUCCCCAUUUGGAGGCCAAGAUCCGCCAGACACACAACCUUGCACGCCUCCUGACCAAAUAUGCAGAGCAGCUCCUGGAGGAGUAUGUGCAGCAGCAGGGGGACCCCUUCGGGCUGCCGGGCUUCUCCCCACCGCGCCUGGCCCUGGCCAGCCUGAGUGGCCCGGCCCCGAGCCACGCGGGGCUACCGCUGUCGGAGCGGCUGCGUCUGGACGCGGCUGCACUCGCUGCGCUCCCCGCGCUGUUGGAUGCCGUGCGCCGCCGCCAGGCGGAGCUGAACCCGCGCGCCCCGCGCCUGCUGCGGAGCCUGGAGGACGCGGCCCGCCAGGCUCGGGCUCUGGGAGCCGCGGUGGAGACGGUGCUGGCCGCUCUGGGCGCAGCCGCCCGCGGGCCCGGGUCGGAGCCCGCCGCCACCGCCGCCACCACCGCCCUCUCCCCGGGCAGCAGCGCGGCGGGCGUCUUCUCGGCCAAGGUGCUGGGGCUCCACGUGUGCGGCCUCUAUGGCGAGUGGGUGAGCCGCACCGAGGGCGACCUGAGCCAGCUGGUGCCCGGGGGCGUCUCCUGAGGGUCGGUGCCCUGUCCCACCUCUGCGGCUUCCGAUUCUGUCGCUCCGUCUUGUGUCGGGGUGUUCUUGGACUGUCCCCGUCUUUCUGCAUUGUGUGGUCUCUGUCUCUCUGGAUCUUGUCUCCUCAGGGAGCUUCGGGUGCCUACCAGUUUCUCCGCCUUUUCUCUUUCCCUCUGUCUUGAAUUCUUUUGUCUCUGGGAGGUUUCUGUUUCUCGUUCCUUGUCUCUUGCUCUUUCUUUCUUUGAUGGCUUGUUUGUUUGGUCUCACUCUCUAGCCCUGGGUGGCCUGGAGCUCACUAUGUAGACCAGGUUGGCCUCGAACUCGCAGAGCAUCAUCCUGCCUCUGACUCCCAGUUUUCGCAUCUGUCUCCCCAUGGUCCAUAUGACUGUGUGUAACUCUGAGUUUCAUCUCAUGGAGGUGACACUUUCUCUCCCUUCAGUUCCUUUGUCCUUUCCUCACUAGAAAAGUGCCUGCUGGUCCUGUGGUGGCAAGGCCACCCGUCUCCAGGACCAUCUCCCUGGUGUCCUCCCUCCUCCCACGGGUUCUUUUGGAGCCCCAUCCCUCCCCCUUCCCUGUCCUUUCUUCCCUCCCUACCCCAUUCCCAGUGACCCCAGCCCUAGCCUGGUCUAUGGAGAGGGAAAGGCAGAAAAACAUCUUAAGAGAUUAGUUUUAUUUGAGAAUAAAUUAAUUUUUGUAAAUAAAUGUUUAACAAUAAAACCACAGUUUAAUGAAA